ACUGAAAGUUUUUCAUAAAUCCAAUACUAAUAACGGAAAAAUCAUCAAGAUUGCUGAUGUUUUUCACCCUCUAUAUAUGUAACCUAAGUUUACUGCAUUUAAGUCAUUCAACAAAACCAAAUCAAUUGGUUUCUUUAUUCUUUUUAUUCUUCUUACGAUGAUUCACUUUCAAACUGGUCUCUUAAUUACUCUCUUUCUUGUUGCUACUCAAUAUGCAAGCAAUGGUAAUGCAUACGAAAUUCCCUUUAACCAGACAUAUUAUCAGAUAUGGGGAGGUAACCAUCUAACAAUUUCUGACGAGGGAAAAGAAGUUCAGCUAUUGAUUGACCAAUAUUCAGGUGCUGGAUUUAGUUCGAAACAAAAUUUUGGGUCUGGAGAUUUUCGGAUCAAGUUAAAGUUACCAAAGAAGAAUAGUAAAGGAGUUAUAACAACAUUCUAUUUAAUAUCAAAGGAAGUUAAUGAACCAGCAAGACCCAAACAUGAUGAGGUUGAUUUUGAGUUCUUUGGAGGAGAUGGCAAAUAUACAUUAAAUACAAAUAUCUUUGCAAAUGAUGAAGGGCAUAGGGAGCAACAGUUUAAUCUCUGGUUUGAUCCUACAGCUGAUUUUCACACAUAUGGAAUUCUUUGGAAUCAGUAUCAAAUUGUGUUAUAUGUGGAUGAUAUUCCCAUAAGAGUUUUCAAGAACAAUACAAAUCUUGGAGUGAACUAUCCAUCAAACAAAAUGCACAUAGAAGCAACAAUGUGGAAUGCAACAGUUUGGAUUGGAGAAGUUGACUGGAGCCAAGGACCCUUCACAGCUUAUUUUCGCGAAUUUUCAAUUAAUGGCUGCCAAUAUCAAAAAUCAAACCCUCAAUACUGCUACAGAAAUAGCUAUUAUUGGAAUAGAAUCAAUUACUGGAAGCUUAGCCCAAAACAACAGCAGCUAUAUGAAGAUGUGAGGGAAAAACACAUGACUUAUGACUAUUGCCUGAGGAACGCCAAAGAUUUUCCAGAAUGCUAACAUAUAGUAGUAAUCUAAAUCGUUGUAUUUUGUUCUCUGGCCAACUUAAAUCAAAUUCCUGCUCCCAAUACUAGUGAUUAAAGUGACUCUUGUUUUUACUAAUCUAAGUACAAACACUACAUCUUUU